AUGGACUUGAACGAACCCUUCUCGACCGCUGCGCCCGCUCGCUACACAAUCGAGAGCGACUCAAGCCAGUCAGAGUUCGAAGAUGACAAUGCCGGUCGUCAGCUACGCACGAAGCCCGCAAAGACGCCUCGAGAAGCGAAAUCCUUCAGCUUAUCUGCAGUGGGUGCAGAGGCCAAACUGAGUCCAGCUGGCGAGCUUGUUUUACUACUCGGCGAAGCCGGCUCGGCGUGGUCAAAGCACUUGCAAAGCGCGCACGCCGAAGGAGCAAGCGUCCAAGCUGGCAGCGUACAGGUUGCAUCUCUCGCUCAGUUGGGUGCAACGACAGCAGCCUGCUACGCCUCAACAUCUGGCAUACGUCUCGACGACUAUUGGGGCUAUGCCAGUACUAUCCUCGAGGCCACGAAUCCAGAAAGAUUGACUGUGAUUGACUCGUAUGCUGCGCCAUACUACAUUGGCGGAGGUCAAGCGAGCGAGCGGAACGUACGCUACUUGCAGUCGGACGACGAUGAGCGUAUUCUGCCGACUGCAGCAUUGACAUAUGAGCCGCCGAAUGUGCUGCAAGGCUUGACAGCUGCGAUCGUCACGCAAGCCACAGAGCUUUCCAUUCCUGCUACUGUGCUGUUGUUCCCUUCCGACUCGCUUCAUCUGUCGAAUGCGACUUCGAUCGAUGCAGCUAUACGAGAAGCCCGACCCUCAGAGAUUUACGACUUUGGCCAGACUGAAGAGGCGACUUCGGCUCUGGCGAGUCCCGCAAUGCUUCACGAAUUGAGCCGGACUUUCAAGUGGUCGGAGCUAGGGUGGACAGCGAGUCUGGCUAGCCCAUCGCGAGCAGAUGGCUACGACUUCUUGCGUAUAGCGAGAAAAGCCAACCAGCAAAAGGCCAAGGCCGACUUGAGCUCGCUCUAUCUGUGA